AUGAAGGGGUGGGGCUCAACCAACCGCAUAAAGGUUACUGUGCGGCUCGCCGGGGAAGAGGAGAGCUGUGAUGGGAGCAGAAGGAAGGGUUGGUGGGAGCGGAAGAGUCGGCGGAGUGGAGGCGCUGUAACAGCUCUUCUAAGAGCUAUAAUCACCGCCAGGGGUCCCGCCACCGAUCCCGCCUCCGGCGGCCCUGAGCCACCGCCUGCAGCCACCAGCCACCAGCCACCAGCCGUCUGCAGCUUCCAGCCGCCUGCGGCCACGCCUCCGGUGGUCCCACCUCCGGCGGCCCUGAGCUGCCUGCAGCUUCCAGCCUCCUGCAGUUCUUCCUCCAGCGGCCCCGCGCUGCCGUCUGAGGCCUCCAGCUGCCUGGGGUCCCGCCUCCGGUGGUCCCGCCUCCGGCGGCCCCGAGCCACCUGCAGCCUUCAGCCACCUGCAGCUUCCAGCAGCCCCGAGCUGCCCAGACACCAGCGGUCCAGCAGUCCAGCGGUCAGCAGUCCCCACGCCUGCAGCCCCUAG